UCCAGACAGACAGACAGACAGACAGACAGACAGACAGUGAUCCAGACAGACAGACAGACAGACAGACAGAGAGACAGACAGACAGACAGACAGACAGACAGACAGAGAGAGAGAGAGAGAGAUCAGCUGGUUCUUACCUCCCCUCGUGAUCAUUGAAGAUGUCCGCUGGGAACCUCUUCAGCAAGGUGCGCUCCGCCUUCAGGAGGGAGCGCAGCGACUUGGACCUGAGCGACUCGGCGCCCUUCGACAUGUCCGACGAGCUGGCGGAGGACGAGGCGCCCAGGUUCAACAAGCUGAUGGUGGUGGUGUCCGGCGAGAUGUCGGACUACUCCGCCGGAGCUCCGUCCAACGGGGUGCCGGUGAACACGCUGCUGGUGGCGGCGGACGACGACGACGACGACUCGCUGCUCGACUCCUCCUCGAGCCUGGGCAGUCCGAUCAACAUGGACCCCUGCGACAACUGCGCCAAGAAGAGGGAGAGGAUCAAGCACCGGAGGGUGAUGAGGAGGCUCGUCAUCGCAGCCGUGCUGUAUUUCCUGUUCAUGACAGGGGAAAUCAUAGGUGGUUAUCUGUCAAACAGCUUAGCCAUUAUGACUGACGCCGUGCACAUGCUAACAGAUGUGGUGGGCAUUCUGUUCUCCCUGCUGGCCCUAUGGCUGUCCACCAAGCCGCCCACCAAGAGAUUCACCUUCGGACUGCAUCGCCUUGAGGUGCUGUCGGCAGUCCUCAGUGUGCUGCUCAUCUACAUCCUGACGGCCGCACUCCUCUAUGAGGCGGUUCAGAGGACGUUUCACCAGGACUUCGACAUAGAUGGAGAUGUCAUGCUCAUCACUGCCGCUGUUGGAGUGGCGGUCAACCUGGUAAUGGGUUUCUUAUUAAACCAAGAUGGCCACCUCCACGGCCACUCUCACGGCCACGGCCACUCUCACGGCCACGGCCACUCUCACGGCUCGACAGCUGCGUCAGGUUCACAGUCGGCGGGGUCGGGUGAGCAGCAGAGGUCGCACGGCAGCCUGGCUGUCAGAGCAGCCUUCAUCCACGCUUUGGGAGACCUCCUCCAGAGUGUCGGGGUGCUCAUUGCUGCCUACAUUGUCCGUUUCAAGCCAGAGUUAAAGUUGGCGGACCCCAUCUGCACCUACAUUUUCUCCGUUCUGGUUCUUUUCACCACUGUCCGCAUCAUGCGAGACACAGUCGUCAUCAUGCUGGAGGGUGUUCCCAGGCACCUGGACACUGAGCGAAUCAAAGAGGACCUCCUGAAGCUGGAGGAUGUCCAAUCAGUUGAUGAGCUGAAUGUGUGGGCGCUGACCAGUGACAAGGCUGCAGCAGUAGUGCAUCUCCAGCUCACGCCCUCUAGUGCGGACAGCUGGGAGGAAGUCCAGGCGAAGGCCCGCCACCUCUUGGUUCACACCUACGGUCUCACCAGGUGCACAGUGCAGGUGCAGACUUACAGGCAGAGGCUGGUGCACAGUUGUACUCACUGCCAACAGUCCAGCACUUAGAGAAAGACACACGCUCACAUUGACUUCCACAGUGUAUUUUCUGGAGCUGGACGGCAGAGAAUACAGUAAACGUCGGCCCUGGAUGGAUGUCGCGAGGCUGUCACAGCUCAGUGCCAUAGCAGGAGCCACAUUGUUGUAAGUGUGGAAAAAGACUGGUGCCAAAACACAAACGCACAUUUCUAAUAAAAAGGAUCGCCACAGCCUCCAGGGACCUUAUGCUCUCUUCUGAAGUGUAGGUUGAAUGCUGAAUGAAAAAUAACUUGCUCUUAAUUCACCAUUAAAGCCUAUUCCACAACUGAUGUUAUAUCAUCAGAUGUAAAAUUAAGUUUUGGUUAAUAGGUCUGAGGACUGUAUAUUAAGAUUGUAUUCCUUGACUUUUGGGCAUCAGCGAAUGAAAAGGUUCCUCCUGUCACUUGAUAAUAACUGUGGUCACAGUUCAUAUAUGCUGUGCUCCUCACCUCUGGCACAAGUGAGGCAAAAAAACAAAACAACCCCUUUAUUAUAUUCUCUGUUUGAGACUUAACAGUUCAUCUAAUGCACUUAAUCAUUAAUAUUCGUCAGCCAAAGUCUGUUGUAUGGCAGAUUUUUUUUGUUUAAAAGACAACAACCUUAGAUAUUCUUAACGUAGUCUCUAUUGACUUAACUGACCAACAAUUAAAAUCACUCAUCCCUUUUGACACAUUUAUUUUUAUGCUAGUUAGUCUCUUGAUUCAUUGUGCUGAGCAGCCAACUGACAAUCAGUGUUACUGACUAAAGACUUCAGAUUUCAACGGACCUCUUGUGGUUUCUUACACUCUAUACACAGCUUUUUCUCAUAUCAUUAACUGACAGUGUAAUAACGCAGACAGGUUAGGGAAAUCUUCAGUAUUUCAUAGUUGCAUCGGGAAGAGGGUGUGAGCUGAAAUUUGCCAACAAAGGUGUUAAUAGUGUUUUAAGUGUUGAGAGGCUGUGGGGGGGAGUUUAUGCAAACGUUUUCCAUGUUCCUGAUAUUGUUCUUCAAGGGGAAUCAGGAACUGGAUGACUGUUUUUGUUUGUAAUAAAGUAUUUAAUCGUU